AUGCCUCCACGGGUCGAGCCCACACGUAUCACCAAUGGUGAUAUCGAAUCCGUCUACUACGUUCGUUCUAGUGAAGGUCCUAACUCAGUAAGCAUUACACCACAACUGAACGGUUCCAAUUACAUUUCUUGGUCACGCUCUAUGAAAAAAGCUCUUGGAUCUAAGAACAAGCUCGGAUUCAUCAAUGGUUCUAUUCCAGUUCCUAAUUUCAACGACCUCAAUCGCUCAGCAUGGGAAAGGUGCAAUUAUCUUGUUCAUUCAUGGAUUUUGAACUUUGUGAAUCCCGCAAUUGCUCAAACUAUCCUGUUCUUAGAGAAUGCACUUGAUGUUUGGAACUAUCUUAAAGAAUGA